AUGGCAUCGCGCCGGGUCCAAGUAAAGAACGCGGUAAACGCAAAGACCACGCAAGCACACCUCACCACGGCGCCCCGUGAGAGUGCCAUAGCGCUUCGCAAAUGGCAUCGCGAGAAUUGCGUUAAGGAGCUUUAUGACCGCGUUAUUCUCGAGGGUCACGCCUUCAAGGACAUGGCAGUAAGCAUGACAAAAUCAACGCCCUUGGUCGGCCGGAUGAGAAAGCUCCUUGGCCAGAUCUCAUCUUUAAGCACCGAUCUGCCUAAAGGCAUCUAUGUUCGGCAUAGGGAAAGCCGUCUGGAUGUGCUAAAGGUCUUGAUCAUUGGACCAGCAGACACGCCGUAUGAAAACGGCCUGUUUGAAUUUGACAUGUUUUGCGGACUCGAGUUCCCGAACCGGCCUCCCAAGAUGUUGUUCCGGACAACGGGAGGCGGACAGGCUCGUUUCAACCCGAACCUGUAUCACGACGGACAGAUCUCGAUUCAAGCACCCGGCUCGUUCAACCUUCACCAAAACAUUAUCGAACCUGCCUCGUCAUUCACGGUACACCUGGAGCCGCCUCCUCCGCCGGCCACCAUUUCCCCUCAAGAUCCUCUGUCGGACAUUCCGUCGUUCCUUCCCCCUCAAGAUCCUUUGUCGGACAUUCCGUCGUUCCUGGCAGGAUCGGCGAACAUAAUGCCGAUGCCGCCGGGUCGCGCAAGAGCGAACGAGGCACCUCCGGCCCCUCCCAAAGAUGAUGAUCCCAUCUGGGGUGAAAUCAUCCGCAGACACUUCGAGUAGAAUUCGAGGGCGGAUAAUAGAGAAAGCAAGCCAGUGGGAGAAGCUUGCUUCCAACAUACGUAGAGACUCCGCGUUCGAAACGCAGGUCGCCGCCGUUGCUGGUCACCGCAUUGAGCUCGAGAAACAACUCAAAGCGCAUGGGUUUCUAAGCUAGGAACUGGAAGACUUCUAGUAUCGAGGCC